AUGCUUCCUUUGAACUCAGCCAACACUUUCUUUUCUGAACUCAGCAGCUUCUCUUUGAAGUCACUGUCCAUGGCAGUGGAGUUUUUAUGGAAAUUCAACUCACUGAGAGCCCUCCCCGAUCUAGAUAAACGGAAAGCGUACACGUAUAAGCCUAUUUCUGUCCAUGGGGAAUACAUGAUGUACAAUCUGAAUGAGUUUUCUAGAAGAGAGAAGGAAGAGCUUAAAAAGCGCUUGUUCUCCGAUCUAGAUCGGGUCAGGAGACUCUCGCGCCGGAUUGAGUCUCGAGACAAUGGAGUUCGUCCCAUGGAGGCUCUAACUCAGAAGCAGACGAUGAAAGCCACCGGGAAGAACAAUGGAAAGAAGCAUUUGAGGAAAAAGAGAGGAGCGGGGGCAUCAUCAUUUCUCUAUGACAGAUGCACAAAGCGGCCUUUGGUGGUUUCUAACUCAUCAAUGAACAAGGUUCUUAGUUGCAUGAUGAAUAGGCGUGGUCAGAUUUUGACUAAAUUGAUGAAGCACAAGCAUGGUUGGGUUUUCAAUACGCCUGUUGAUGUCAAGGGUUUAGGGCUUCAUGAUUACUAUCAAAUUAUCAAGAGUCCUAUGGACCUCGGUACCGUAAAAUUCCGGUUAAAAAGAAUUGUGUAUGAAAGCUCGGUGGAUUUUGCAGCUGAAGUUGCAUAG